GAUUCAAUUCUGUUGACUCUGUAAGGGAGCUAGAUCAUUCCCUCUGGGUCCUAACGCGCCUAUGCUCGUCAGCUGGCUUCCCACAAACACUUGUGUGAAACAGACCAGGGAUGGCAGGAGAUCCAAUCCUGCUGGCCGCAGUCUCCCUUCUCUCUGCCUGUCAGCAAAUUUAUUUUGGUUUUUGUGUUGGACGAGCAAGAUUAAAAUACAAGAUUGCACCCCCCGCAGUCUCCGGGUCCCUGGAGUUUGAGAGAAUAUUUCGUGCACAUCAAAACUCUUUGGAGGCAUACUCCAUAUUCCUUAUAACACUGUGGACGUCUGGAUGGUAUUUCAAUCAAGUUUUGGCGGCUUGUCUGGGUCUCGUGUACAUAUAUGCCCGCCACAAGUACUUCUGGGGCUAUGCAGAAACUGCUGAAGGAAGGGUCACUGGUUUCAAGCUGAGCCUGGGGGUUUUGGCCUUGUUGAUUGGCCUAGCUGUCCUGGGAUUGGCCAGCAGAUUCCUGGAUGAAUACCUGGACCUCCAUGUUGCCAAAAAACUGAGGCAUCCCUUCUAAAGUGUUCUCUGCCUUCCCGUGCUCGCUGAGGCUUCGCCACUCUAAACACGACGUGGUGUCCCGUGUUCAAUAAAACUUUUAAAACUUUUCA